AGAAUUCCACGACAGUCAAGUCUUUUCCUAUUUGUUUCAUUUCAGCCCCCACUACUUUCUCUCACCGUCACCAUUUUCCGAUUCUACAGUGUCUUUUUCAGUCCAAACUCUGCAAAAUCAGUCAAAUCUCCAUUAAUGCUCUAGUCAAACCUCACUGCCCCUCAUAUGCUUCAAUGGGGUUAUAAUUCACUUCAACAACAACAAGUAAUCAACAAUCACUAAACCCUAUAAUCAGCUACUUAGUUUCUCCAAAGAUGGUAUUUAAAGGUAGAUUUUUUUCAUCAAAGAAAUCCGACCCGUCAAGUCCAGAUGGAUCCUCCAACAACAACAGUCCAAGAUCCAUCGGGUCAAAUUCCCCGAUCCGAUCCGAUAAGAAGAAACCAAAAUCAGCUUCAACUUCAACUUCCAAUUCUCCAAUCACUCCAUCUUCAAUUUCACCAUCUGCUAAGAAAAAAGAUGUUAAAGGUAAAGAAAGUCCGAACCCGAACCCGACCCGUGACCCGGAAGUGAGACCCACAUCUGUGACAGUAUCACCCAUAGUAGCAUCAUCAUUGGGGUUAAAUAAGAUAAAGACUCGAUCUGGGCCGUUACCACAAGAGAGUUUUUUUGGGUAUGCUAGUAGAGAUAAGGGGAAUUUAAUAGGUGCUAGUAAUUUGUCAAAGAAUGUAGGGCCUGUUUUGAGGAAGAAGGAAAAUGUAGAUAAUAAUGGGAGUAAUUCGGAUAGUAUGUUGAACGAGAGUGGUCGUUCGAGGGAUCAAAGCCCGCGUUUACCUGGCCCGUCGAGGUUGCAGAAUGGUGAAUCAUCGUCCGAAGCAGGCCGAUUCAGUUCAUCUUGGGGCUAUUCUGGAGGUCUGAGGAGCUCAGAUGCUCAUACUCCAGAAUUGAAGACAUCUUUAGAAUGCGACAACCCAAAGGAGUCUGAAUCACCGCGCUUUCAAGCUUUACUCCGGGUGACUAGUGCUCCUAGGAAAAGGUUCCCCACAGAUAUAAAAAGUUUUUCACAUGAACUAAAUUCCAAAGGUGUACGGCCUUUUCCACUCUGGAAACCUCGAGGUUUAAAUAAUUUGGAGGAGGUUUUAACGAUGAUUAGGGCAAAGUUUGACAAAGCAAAGGAGGAAGUGGAUAAUGAUUUGCGUGUUUUCGCAGCAGAUCUGGUUGGAGUUCUAGAAAAAAAUGUAGAAGCUCAUCCAGAUUGGCAGGAAACUAUUGAAGAUUUGCUGGUUUUAGCUCGGAGAUGUGCAAUGACAACUCCGGGGGAAUUUUGGCUUCAGUGUGAGGUCAUUGUUCAGGAACUGGAUGAUAGACGCCAGGAACUCCCCAUGGGUACGCUAAAGCAGCUGCACACUAGAAUGCUUUUUAUACUUACAAGGUGCACACGAUUGCUUCAGUUUCACAAAGAAAGUGGAUUUGCUGAGGACGAAUCUCUACUUCAGCUUCGUCAAUCAUUGCAGCCUGUUGAAAAACGAAGAGACGGGAAGAUGUCUGGUCCUUUGAAGUUCCCAAAGUUGCCUCCUACAAAAAAAUCUUACAGUCAGGAACAACAUGGCUCUGAAUGGAAGAAGAGAGAUCAAGCUGUACUGCCAGGUAACCUUCAGACCUCAGAAGCUGAAGCCGAAAAAAAAUUGGAUUCUCCGGGCAGUAGAAAUCGGAUGACAUCCUGGAAGAAAUUUCCAACUCCAACUGCAAAAAGUCCCAAAGAAGUUUCUCCAAUAAAGGUGGAGAACAUUGAUAGCAAUAUUGAAUCAAAACAAUCAAUGGAUGAAAGAGGACCGUCUGAUUUAGACAUAGCUACUGUCAAGCAUCCUGAUCUUUCUUCUGCUAGGGAUUCACAUGCACACUCUUCAGUUCCUUCCAAACACCACCGGAAAGUUUCCUGGGGUUACUGGGGUGAUCAACCAUGUGCUUCUGAUGAGAGUUCAAUAAUAUGUCGCAUUUGUGAGGAGGAGGUCCCUACAUUACAUGUAGAAGACCACUCCAGAAUUUGUGCAAUUGCCGAUCGUUGUGAUCAAAAGGGUCUGAGUGUUAAUGAACGCUUGAUAAGGGUUGCAGAUACUCUUGAGAAGCUCAUGGAGUCAUUUGCACAUAAGGACAUCCCACAUGCUGUUGGAAGCCCAGAUGGUGCAAAAGUAUCAAACUGUAGUGUAACUGAGGAAUCUGAACUUCUAUCUCCAAAACUUAGUGACUGGUCUUGCAGAGGUUCAGAGGAUAUGCUUGACUGUCUUCCUGAAGUGGAUAACUCUGUUUUCAUGGAUGAACUUAAAGGUUUACCUUCUAUGUCGUGUAAAACCCGGUUUGGAUCCAAGUCCGAUCAAGGAAUGACAACAUCAUCUGCUGGCAGCAUGACACCUAGGUCCCCCUUGCUGACACCAAAGACCAGCCCAAUUGACCUGCUAUUGACAGGAAAAGGUUGUUUCUCUGAGCAUGAUGAUCUCCCUCAGAUGAAUGAACUUGCCGAUAUUGCUCGAUGUGUGGCGAAUACGCCUAUAGAUGACGAACGCUCUUUGUCUUAUUUGCUUUCCUGCCUUGAAGAUUUAAAAGUUGUGACUGAACGCAGAAAGUUAGAUGCACUUACAGUGGAAACAUUUGGAACUCGCAUUGAAAAGCUGAUUCGGGAACAGUAUUUGCAGCUGUGUGAGCUAGUCGAUGAUGACAAAGUUGAUCUAACGAGCACUGUCAUUGAUGAAGAUGCUCCCUUGGAAGAUGAUGUUGUACGUAGCUUGAGAACCAGCCCAGUUCAUUCCAAAGAUCGUACGUCUAUUGAUGAUUUUGAGAUUAUCAAACCAAUUAGUCGUGGAGCAUUUGGUCGGGUUUUCUUGGCAAAAAAGAGAACAACUGGGGAUCUCUUUGCAAUUAAGGUCCUGAAGAAGGCAGAUAUGAUACGCAAGAAUGCCGUUGAGAGUAUUUUGGCAGAACGUGAUAUCUUAAUAUCCGUUCGCAAUCCCUUUGUGGUUCGCUUCUUCUAUUCAUUUACUUGCCGUGAAAACUUGUACCUUGUGAUGGAAUACUUGAAUGGUGGGGACCUAUAUUCAUUGUUGAGAAAUCUAGGCUGCUUAGAUGAAGAAGUUGUUCGUGUUUAUAUAGCUGAAGUUGUGCUUGCCCUGGAAUACUUGCACUCUCUGCAUGUGGUUCAUCGAGAUCUGAAGCCUGAUAAUUUGUUGAUUGCACAUGAUGGUCAUAUCAAGUUGACAGACUUUGGGCUUUCUAAAGUUGGUCUUAUCAAUAGCACAGAUGACUUAUCUGGUCCAGCUGUCAGUGGAACAUCCAUGAUGGAAGAUGAUGAUUCUCAGCUAUCUGCAUCUGAGCAUCAGCAGGAAAGGCGGAAGAAACGUUCUGCAGUAGGUACACCGGACUAUUUGGCGCCUGAGAUCCUUCUAGGAACAGGGCAUGGUUUCACGGCUGAUUGGUGGUCCGUGGGCAUUAUUCUCUUCGAGUUGAUUGUUGGCGUUCCUCCUUUUAAUGCAGAGCAUCCUCAGAAAAUAUUCGAUAAUAUUCUCAAUCGUAAGAUACCUUGGCCACUGGUUCCGGAGGAAAUGAGCGAUGAAGCACAAGAUCUGAUUGACCGAUUACUAACAGAAGAUCCUAAUAUGAGACUUGGAGCUGGAGGAGCAUCAGAGGUGAAGCUGCAUCCAUUUUUUAGAGAUAUUCACUGGGACACACUUGCUAGACAAAAGGCUGCAUUCGUGCCUGCAUCAGAAGGUGCUACGGAUACUAGUUACUUCACAAGUCGUUUCUCUUGGAAUCCUUCAGAUGAACAAGUAUAUGCAGCCAGUGAAUAUGAGGAUUCUAGUGAUGAUGGCAGUGUUAGUGGUAGUAGUAGCUGUCUAGAUAAUCGCCAAGAUGAACAGGGUGAUCAGUAUGCUGGUAUUGCAGAAUUUGAGUCAGGCUCUUCUGUCAACUAUCCUUUCAAUAACUUCUCAUUUAAGAAUCUGUCUCAGCUUGCAUCAAUCAACUAUGAUUUGCUUACGAAAGGUUGGAAAGAUGAUCACUCGUCAAAUCCCAAUGUAUAGCUCCAGGAACCGUGCCUAUGAGAAUAUUCAAACUUUUGUUUCUUUGCUGGUAGAAUCAAACAGAACACCUGCCAAUCAUCUCCCUGUCUUUACACCUUGUAAAUAUAUAGAAGCAGCUUAAAGAUCAUGAUCGCGACUAGUGGGGAUGUGAUGUGUUUUCAUGAUACAGAGAAAUCUCAUGCUGUGAGGUUGUGCUUUGAAUCGUUUUAUUUAGUGUGACAACCUUGUAUCUCUUUUUGUUCUCAUGCAUGGCCAUGAGAUGCCUUGUGGUUUUUGACUUCAGGCUUUUGAUUGUGUUUGUAAUUGUCCCCCACAGCAAUGAGAACACAUCUCCUGUUUUGAAAGGGAUUGGACUUGUUGCCUCAAAUUUUGGUGUUUACACUCUUUUCCAUUCCCUUAAUACUAGUGAGGAAAGUAAAGUGGUACUUUCAACCAUCA